UGUGUUAUUAUUAACUUUUAAAUAAUUCAGACGUACAAACGUUUUUCUGUAAUGUAUAAUAUAUUAAGUUACAUAACCGAUCGAUCAUGUUUCAAACAACAUCGCCUACGUGGGAAAAAAGCUCAUUCAUCAUGAUGUCUUCAAAUACCACUAAGAAGAAUAACAUACAAAUUAUAAUUGACUAUCUGAGAAAUGAUAUUCGAAGUGGUGGACUUGAAGGAGAGUCAUGUGAGAGUAUUGAAGUAGCAAUUGAGUGCCUUCAGAAUGCCUAUGGCAUAUCCAGAGAUAGUACUGAAGAUGUUAAAAAAGCUCCCCGUAGUUUUUUUGAGCAGUUCGAGAAGUUCCUGAAUAGCUAUGGGGAUGGUAAUGAGCACGAGCACAAAGCGAGUAGUCUUUCAUUCCAGGCAGAUCCUCUCCAGAAGUCGGCAGCAGAAAAGCUAAAAGAGGAUGGAAACUCUUCAAUGAAACAAGGCGAUUACAUAAAAGCAUUGGAUUUAUAUACAAAGGCCAUUCAGGUGGAUAACAGUAAUGCAGUAUACUACUGCAACAGGGCGGCUGCUUACAUGAAACUUGAAGACCAUCACUCUGCAAUAAGUGACUGUAACACUGCACUAAGAAUUGAUCCACAUUACAGCAAAGCAUAUGCACGACUUGGAAUGGCAUAUACCUCCCUAAAAAAUUACAAGAAAGCCAAAGAAUAUUACCAGAAAGCCUUGACCUUGGAACCAAACAAUUCAAGUUAUCAGAACAAUGUGAAGACUGUUGAUGAAAUGCUAAAUCUGGCACAACCACCAAAUUUGCCACCACCAUUCAAUAAUCCUGACUUGUUUGCAUUUGCUCAAGAGAUGUUUCAAGACCCUUCAAUGAACGUCUUAGGCCGUCGCUUGGCCGAGCAGCUCUACCCGGAGAUAGCUCGGCAGCUGGGGGGGGAGGCUGACCAGAGCCUGCUGCCACCUCGCAGCCCGGGCGAGAGGAAACAAGACUGAUGCAACUGACGGGAAUGCCAUCCCCUAGAUCUGACGUGUGUCAAUGAGAAGUUGGGAUUAUUCGUGCGGGGGAAUUGAGACAUUCCAUAUGAUUUACAAGUUGUGUGUUUAAUGAUUUGUUCUUUUUAAAUCAUCGUUUUGGGUUUCUAUAUCUUUACUUUUCUGACAAAUCUCAAAUCUGAUUGUUCUUGAUUCAAGAUGAUUAAGGACAGUGAAAGUCUUCCUGCUAACUACAUCAGCAGAUUGGAAAGCUAAAUGUUUUAUUUUAUGAGUGUUAAUAUACAUUUGUAACAAAUGUGCGUAAUCAAGAUGUGUAAAUUCAAUUGAAAUAUGAGUGGUCUAAAAAGUGACACUUGGUGGUACAUAGAUAAAAAUAAUUGGUGAUUUAGUUUGUAUGGUUGGUAAUACCAUAGGAAUGUGUUUUGCAUUAAUACAUGAAAUGACAGUAUAUAUUUUUACAUGAACAAA